GAUGCUGGAGGCGUACCGGAGAAAAAAUACAAAGAUUUCCUUGACAUUCUACUGAUGGCUCGAGAUGAGAACGGAAAGGGACUCACUAGGGAGGAGAUCCGAAAUGAGGUCGACACAUUCCUGUUUGCAGGUCACGACGCGACAGCCAGCGCCAUCUCGUGGAUACUAUAUACUUUAGCCACACACCCAGAACACCAGACCAAAGUCCAGGAGGAGAUUGACCGUGUCCUUGCUGGUAGGGAGUCUGACCGGCUCGAGUGGGAUGACAUGCCAAAGUUGGAGUACCUGACCAUGUGUAUCAAUGAAGGGAUGAGACUGUACACUCCUGUGCCCAUUAUACAUCGACAGAGUACAAAAGAGUUCACCAUUGACGGCAAGAAGUUCCCUCCAGGAACUUACAUGUCAAUUGGUGUAUACUCUGUACAUCACAACCCGACAGUGUGGGAAAACCCCCACCAGUUCAUACCCCAGAGAUUCUCCAAGGAAAACACGGCUAAGGCUGACUCGUUCUCCUUCAUUCCUUUCUCAGCUGGUCCGAGAAACUGUAUUGGCCAGACUUUUGCAAUGAAUGAGGAGAAGGUGACUAUUGCUAGGAUACUGCACAAGUAUACACUAGAAGCUGAUCCCAAGGUGGAAGUGAAGCUGAAGGCUGCAGCAGUGAUGAGAUCAUUAAAUGGUGUCUACCUCUUCAACAAACCUCGACACUGAUUGUACCAAUGCUUGAAUAUAAAUUGAUCAAGACCAUGCUAAUGAUUUAAAGCGAUACUAAAUGUGCUAUAAGAAACUCUGUCACGUGACAGAACAAGCUUUGUCAUGUGACCUGAGAAACUCUGUCACGUGACAGAACAAGCUUUGUCAUGAGACCUGAGAAACUCUGUCACGUGACAGAGCAAGCUUUGUCAUGUGACCUGAGAAACUCUGUCAAGUGACAGAACAAGCUUUGUCAUGUGACCUGAGAAACUCUGUCACGUGACAGAACAAGCUUUUUCAUGUGACCUGAGAAACUAUGUCAUGUAACAACAAAAACCAGAAUUCAGUUAGAUUUAAACCAUUAACCAUGAUAUAUGUUACAAUCAUUUAUUGUAUAAUCUGAUUACCCUUAUCCAAGUUUUAUUGGGACCUAUGUCACACUUGUUGUCUCAAGUGACCUAUUGCAAUCGCCUUUUGUCCAGUGUCGUGCGUUGUCCGUCUGUAAACAAUUUAC